AUGCCGAAAGUUUCUUUCGGGAGAGAUGCUCGCCCCGGGUUCAAUCGUGAAGAUGUCCGCAACACUUCUACGAUUUUCGCAUCCGGUGGGUGGGAGCUGCACAUGGGAUCUGGAUAUGCGCUCGGGUACACGGAGGCAAAGUCUUUCGCAAAGAGCCUGUUGGUCCGCGUCCAGCGUCAGGCGUGGCAGCGUGAGGUGUGCUCAUGUCAGGAGGUCUCCCCCAAGCUAUGUCGGAAGUCCCAUUCCGCAUUCUGUGUCCGGGGCGAGGUGCCGAAGGAGUCAGAAUCAUCGGUGGGUAACCGAUGCGGAUGCACUGCCAUAAUCCUUUGUGGCGUGCGCAUGAAGGUGCCAGAAAAGGUUUUCGCGCGUGCAUUUGUGGAGGUUGGAAAGAAAGGUGGUGAUGUUUUCAGCAUUGAUGCGGUAGGGGCACUCAAACGCUGGGCUGUGCAAGCCAUCUUUGGCCUCGAUGCCAGGCGCAGUGGCGAUUCAAACGCUUGGAGUGGCUGGUGUGCUGAUUAUCGCGCCGACCGUAACAAUGCUGAGUCCAGACACGUUGGUGGCCUGGACAUGCACCUGAAUUACAUCUACGGGAAGAGUGGGACUGGACUUUUCAGAGUUCAGUCAGCAGUGCGGAAAGGCCAUUGGGUCAUUGACGACGCAUCCCCAAUGAAACUCUUCAUCGAUGGGAUGACCUUCGAAGAGCAAACCAUUAAGCUUUACGAAGAUUUUCUCUCCGAUCUGGGCCUAGCCUCCUUGACAUGCCGUUGCCGUCACGGUCCUGCGGGCUUUGAGCUACGACUUCGAUGGCGCAAACCCGCGCAUGUCUCGACGCUGCGAAUGCUAGUUUUAUGGCACUGCCGGCUUCGGGAUGCAUUUCUAUAUUAUGAUGCCUCAAACCGCAUGCUGCGAAAGACGUCAAUCGAGCCAUCGCCCCUAAUAUUCCACAGCAUGAACGACGGUCGUGCUGAUGCACAUUGUAAGAGCCGGGCACGCUAUGUUGCGGCGCAGCUUUUGGCCCGAGAGUCAACACUACCACCAAUCUUGCCAACAACUACAUUGGGUGUCGUUGCUCAAUGUAUCAAGGUCUUUGACUCGCCGAAAUCUAUUAUCCAGCUAGCUCGCGAUCCAGACUGCAGCGAUCGCAUUGCGGUCGCAUCAUCAGAUGGACACAUUGUCGUUGUCCAAUGCACGUCGAUUGAGUGGCAGCAGUCUGAGUGGUCUUCCUGGGCUAUUCAAUGGCAGGCCUUUCAACCAAAUUUAGAUGUAUCAAUUAUGUCCAUGAGGGAUGGCCCCGCUCACUGCGCUCUUACGACGCUCCAAACCCUGCCUAGCAUGGUAGUUGAUCUCCGCUUAUUCAACGAUGUGCUCGUGGCUGCUACCCAAUGCCAAGGUGCCGUGGUUUGGAGACAAGUCUCAGGGCUCAUCGCAGACGCGCCAAUUCCAGUGUCACUUUUUGAGGAUAGCUUUCUGGCCAGGAACUACAUGAGAAGAUUGCCGCGCCAUUGCACGAUAGCGCGAUAUAGAGAUCGACAACUUGCGCCACCUACUACGCUGCUUACCUGUGGUGGUGCCAUCAUUGGGCUCUGCGUGCUCGAUGGAAGCAUUACGAUCGCUCCCUGCGCGGACGCUACUGUCCGAGUUUGGAAACAAGACAAUCCUGUCUGCUUGACUCUUGGUGGUCUGCGCAGAUGCAACCCAAGCUGCUGUGGUGUGCCAUCCUUGAACAAAAUCGGCACAAUAAUUGUUGCUGUCUCCAAUGGAGAAGGGGGUAUCCUUCUUUGGCCGAUUGACGACCAUACUGCUCCUUCCGAUGCCCUGGGUCUCGACUCGAGAUGUGCCAGGCGUCUCCCGAACAUAUCGCAGACUGCAAAAGCUGUCGAAGUGGUAACUUCCGGUAAAAAUGAGAUCCUCGCUACUUUCGAUGAUGGAUCGCUUAAAGUAUUCCAGCUGACCAAUGAUGAGGACGGCCUGAACGCAACACUAUUACACACUUACUUUACACACAUUCGAUGGGGAUUUGCAAAUCUCAUGCCCAGUGGCCGACAAAAAAAAGGGCCUAUCUUUGCUACGCGAGCUGGUCGCCCUACCUCGCUCCUUCUCACUUGGGUCCUACCUAAGGAGCCUACAUUCCGCUCCUUGGGCUAUACUACCCUAACUCGGGACUAUGCUAUCCUCCCUAUGCUGGGACGCUCAUACUGGCCUAUGCUGGCUAUGCUAAGUCUGCCUUAUACUGGCUAUGCUCAUGCUGUACUAUGCUGGUGCUUCAUACUAGCAUACGCGGGUUCUAACACAAACUGGCUGUUGCCAGAAGUCUUUAUAGGCAGGGGAUGGCUAGACGAGCCACUAGACUGGUGCAAGAUCAUCUCUGGUUAG